UUCUUCUUCAGAAAAACAUGAGAAAAAAUUAAAUUUUCACAAAAAUGCUCGCCAUACGAAAUUUACGCCUUAAUCCUUUACAAAAUGAAGCCUUUUGGAUACAAAUUAAUAAAUACAGCUCCGAAACACAACUUCUGAAGAAGAAAGAAAGUCGCGAAGAUGGUUUUAUGGAAAUGCCGGAUCCGGAAACGAUUGACAGAGAUUACAUUGGUCCUCCUGACAAACUUUCCAACUUGAGGCCGAUUUUGCGACACAAACCUCAAAAUGAAACCGACGCCCAAAGGAAUUUACGUGAAAAACGUCUCGAAGUACAAGAAUGGAAUCAAAAGUUCUGGGCAGGUCACAAUAAACGUUUCUUCGAGGAAAAAGAGGAAUAUAUUCAGCAACACAAACGCCCAGGGGAGGAUACGCUUCCCGCCGAUGAAAUGAGCAAAUUUUACAAAUACUUCCUCGACAAAAACUGGAAAAUUCACGUUCUUUACAACAUUUCGUGGUACACGAAGAACUUUUCGCUGCUCUUUUCCGCGCUGCACGUCAAUCUCGAGACUGCCAUUCGCAAAAUUAAAGGAAAAUAAAAUCAAAAUAAAUUCAAUUAA